AAUAUAUUCUUUAUUAUAAAUGUAAUUAUCAUGGUAUCUUACAUAUGUAAUUUAAUGUUCAUGUUAUUAUGCAGAAAUCAGAACAGGUUGGGGUUUCCUCGAGAAAGCAACAAAAGUACACACACACUUCUGGUUCAAAAAGUUUCGCGAGAAAAGAAAAGGAAAUGGAACUCAGAAGUGGAAAGAAAAUAGGACGUUUCGAGUUUUUCAAAGCAACCCACACUAAAAAAGAUGGUUCAUAUUUGAAUAAAGAGACAGAAGAGAUUAUGGAAAAGGCAAAUGAAAAACUAUCUGAAUAUCAAUCAAUCGAUGGGGAUGAGGGAAUGGUUGAAACAGAAAUUUUGACUCAAGUGAUUGGAAAAGAGCGACAUGGCCGAGUAAGAGGGCUUGGAUUGGGUCCUACACCAACUUCAUAUUACGGCCAUUCAGAUAGUCGUCGUCUCACAACAUGUAGUGGUCAUUCAUCUGAGUGCAUAGAAUUUCGCCAACAGAUGAAUGAAAAGUUCCAGAAGAUGGAAGAUGAGCUUGGGCAAGAACGUGCUAAUUACAACGCUCUUUAUACUUUCUUGCAACAACAAUUCCCGGGGAGCGACUAUUCCCACGCCUACCAUAGGUGGAUCGUCUUCUCAAUCGCGAGUAUUUCAAACUUCUAA